CGUGCUCCUGUCCGAAUCCGAUUUUUUCGGACUAUGUGAUGUGCAAGGUAGGAUGUGCGGCUGCAUAUUGAAUGCAACCAUUUUGCGUCCCCGAAUUCUUCGGAUUUCUGGUUCUAUCCAAAGCUACAUUGAUGAGCGUGUGUUGGGUAGACAUGCAUUUUGCCACUCGUCUCGUCUCUCGGCUCCGUCACACCAUCACCGAAAGGCACCACCCGAACUCCAAGACCUGUCAAGAGGGUAAUGCCAAGUCAAACUUUCCAGAAUCUUUCUCUGCAUAUUCCCAAGCCAUCGAAGUUCAAUGUAGAUAAAUAUGGUCGAUAAGUGAGCCAGAUGCAGGUACUCCAAGAUCAUGAACUCCUCCUCCAGGCUUCUCCACGAGCGAAACCUCGCACUGAAAUGAUGACAAACGCACCAAUGAGGACCGCGAAAGAUGUGAAUUACAACCCGACUCCAUCGCUCUUUUGUCAUCGACAAUCAUACCUCAUGAGACGUCGCGGCAAACUCUAUUCUCGUCAACCCCUGUAUCCCUGUCCAUCUAGUCCCUCACACACACGCAGACAGGGCCGUCGGCAACGACAUCCCUUCUCGCUUCCUCUCUCGAGUCUCAUCGAGGUCCCUGCGUCUAAUCCGCCCACUCACAUACGACAAACACCCUUCAGAACAUCAUCCCGGACUCUGUCUUGUACGAGCAACAGUGCCUCUGAUCUAUAAUGCGCGCCACUGCUAUGACAUCAAAGUCUGCUCUGCUCUCUUUUCC